AGCACAAUGACGCAAACGUUCGCUUCAUCUCGUCGACAGAUGUCGCGUGCGGUCCACGACAGUCGGAAUUAGAUUAGAUUGCGAAUUGUUGUCUGUCGAUAUACGCGACAUUCGCAUAUGACAUUGCAAUUAUUACAACUCUUUCGUCGUGUUCAACGUCACGUGUCACGUAAUCCGUGUCACGGCCCUCCAGUGCUUCUCUCAAACGGCGCGUAUUUCAGCCCGAAGUUCGCGCAUCUCACUUCACAUCGUCGCGGCCACUCGCGGCAACGUUCGCGCCGCUUAGGUGCGAUCGUAUCGCACAGUGGUCGAGAGAGAGAAAGAGACAGAACGAAAAGGGGAUGGGGUGGGAGUGCGGGAGGAAGGUGCCCGAUCUCGCAGUCGCGAAUCUCGUGCCGACUUCUUCGGGAGGACCACGUGGCCCGUUCAGACUAGAGUGACAGUGGGUGUUCGACGGUACGCGAGAGUUGACGUUGCGCGCCUGAGAACGUGUCUUUCCCGCAUGGAUUUGUCGAGUCGCUCGCUCGCUCGCUCGCCGUGAUACGGAUCGCCAAGACUCGGGGGGAGAAAAACGGUGCUUACGAGGAAACAAAACAGUGCAGAACGGACGAAUGAUCCGACGUGCCUCUCCCGUGAUACCGGUGCACUUUUCACCAAGGUGAUAGCCGAGACAAACGGGAUGGACAGAAUGGCUCGUUGCGACGAAGAAUCUUCUCUGCAGUCUCUGCAACCGGUGCACCCGGGUCAAUCAACUCAUACUGCUGUUACCUCGACGUCUCCCGUGACGCCGAUCCUGGCAACGUGUGUUGCUACCGCGACCGACAAGGUCACUGCCACUACUACCAGUUCUACCCACGUGCCAGAUGCCGGAUCAGCUGGUAGCCCUACUACCACCUCGCCGCCGUCUCCGUUGGACUCCCGUAUACCGAGGCCGUCGCCGUCGGCUCUGCGUCGCGCCGCGAGCUUGCGCUUGCGCGGCGAACGUCUACCACCACAUCAUCCGCGAGCAGCCACCGCCAGCACGGCCCUGGUCGGCCACCAGCACCAUCCCCGUCGUCACAACCAUCUCCUGCAGUCGCCGCAGCAGCAACAUCAGCUGGAUCACCGUCUCUUCCCGGUCAUCACGGAGAAUGGAACCGACUCGCCGCGACAACGAUCCUUCAGUCUCUCACUGACACCGGUGAGGCCGCGGCCAGGUCACGCGGCCUCCGGGGGAACAGCAGGAGUCAACGACGACAGUGAUGUCGAGAGCGUGAAAAGUUACAGCAGCGCUUGCAGCACAGCGAGUGCCUGCGAGCAUGCCUCCUUCGCAUUGAAUGGCACCACCUGGUCUGGUCGAUCACGAAAAUAUGUCGUGCACUGCUCGAAUUAUGUCGGUGACAGCGAACAUUACCUCACGCCUACUCAGAGAGCAGCUAAACAAGUCCGAAAGUUUCAGGCUUUGUUGAAGGACGCGCGCAAGGAGAUUGAAGAGAAAAAUCAGGAGAUCUUGCGUUUGACGAAGGAGGUCGUAGAAUUGAGAUUGUACAAGGCUUCUCUAAACAGUCCAGAUGAGCGAACGGAUAGUAGCGACGCUAUCACCAUACGCGAGAACAAUCCCUUCUCACCGGAGUCGCCGAGCAAAGAUCUUCCCGAUGAAGGCGCUGCGGAGAAAUCCAUCGUCAGCCCGGAAACGCCGGAGAAACGUAUAGAUCUACCUUCAUCGUUGGCCGAUUCCGGACACUUCGAAGAUGGUUCCGUCCAUUCGAAAGACUCCGUCUGCUUGCCUGAGUCGCAACCGGAGAUUACUAUCAGCGUGACAACAUGCGCUAAUGCGGUAUCCAACGACAUUGUUCCCGAUACGAAUCCUGUGACGCCAACAAAUAUAGAACGAGAUGAAGAGAGACAUCGAUUAGUUAGUCAUUAUGAAGAUAGAAUCGAGGAUAUGCAUAGACGACAUGUUGAUGAACUGCAGGAGCUAAAACAGAAGCACAACGACAAGGUGGAAGGUUUGUUAAAUCAACUGUCUGAGGUCAAUACUCGCUAUUGCGAGAUGCGGCCGGCUAUGGAUAUCGCCGAGGCUCGCGCGCGUGAAUUAGAAACGGAAUUAGAGGCUGUGAAGACUGAGCUUAAUGAACAGAAGACACUUUUGAGUGAGCAGGAAGAAAGAAAUAAGCAAAUGUACCUGAAAAUGUAUGCCAAAGGUCAAGAAGCCGCGCGCAUUGAACAAGCCGAUCAGAUAUUUGUGCAAGCACAUCAAUCACCACCUAAAGUCACCGUCGCAGAGUUGCUUCAACAGCUAACGGUCACACAAGCUGAAUUAGAGAAUGUUAAGGCAAUGUAUAGGCGUAUUGUAGAGGCAAAAAGCAACCAAGGUAGUCUUGAUGCGGAAAUUACGUUGCAGUUCCUAAAGUCGGCAAUCUAUUAUUUCCUAACUGAUAAGGAGAAUCAUCACGGUCACUUAAAUGCUAUUGAAAGUAUUUUGGGCUUUACGGAUGCGGAAAGACACAACAUCGAUAGGCACUAUCGAUCGGCAAGAAAAUAAUAUUUUCUAAAAGCUUUUAAUAUAAAACGUUAUAUCAUAUUAUUGACGAUGUUAUCCGAUUUAACCACCCGAAUUUCAAAAUUUUAGUUUUUGGUUAUUUUUUAAAAAGGGACAUUUUAAUGCUCAAAAAAUUUAUUUUAAACUAUGGAUAUAUGAAAUAUGUAUCAUAAAAGCAACUUGCUUCUUUCGUUAAAAUUGCUAGCUGAUCUAUAAAAAUAUAUGGUGUGUAAUUUGUAAAUUAUAGCUAGUUUUCUAAAAUGUUGCUUUUACUUCUAUAUGUUUAAAGUUCUGGGAUUUACAGCAUAAAUUAUAUAUGUACAUACAGCUUGAAUAGACUGAAAUUGUUUACGACUGUAUGUGACAUCGAUGCUUUACGAUGGUCAUGUAUUACAAAUUGAUAUCAUUUGUAUUGCAUAACUUGCUCUAAAUUAUGCUCCAAAUUAGUAGAUAUAUAAAUAUCCUAGCUAUAUUUGAGUAAAAUAUAUUAUCUAGUUAUUGUAAAUUUCACCCUUUCAAAUUAUUAUUAUGCAUUUGCAUAAUACGAUAUUUCAAAAUUUGGCAAGAAAUAUGUGAUAUAUAGCAGUUAAGUUGCUGAGAGUUUUCAAGUGGAGAAUAUCUUUAUGUAAUUAUUUGAAAUGCAUGUCCAUCCUUAUACAAAUGUAAAAGUUUAAUAUAUCUUUCUCGUUAUUACGUGGAAAUCCCCGAACAUAAAAAAAAUAAAUUUAUUAAUAUAUAUUUACUUGUUAUAUAAAUGAAAUAUAUAUCUAUAUACACAUGUAUAUAUCAGGAUAAAAAUUAUCAGAGUUUUUGUCUUUAAACUUUUAAGUAUAUUACAAGAAAGUGAUCUUUUGAAGCAGAUCAAUGGAAAAAAAAAUUACUUAAUUUUACAUAUGCACAGUAACUCUGACUCGUCCUGUAUAUAUAUUAUUACCUAUAAUAUAGAUUCUAUAUCAAAGUCUGGUGAGCUGACAUCCAGAUAAGGUAACAAUAUGGAGACUGAAGGAUAUAUCUUGCCUUUUUAUCUGCUCAGCUUAGCUUCAAAUUAAAUAGGUCGUGAAAAAUUAUACAAGUGCAACUACUAGUAAACGUCAAUAAGCACAUUUCCUACGUCUUAUCAUAAUUAUAAUUCAUUUUUUACAGAAAAUUUCGUGUAUUUAAAUUAAAACCAAAGAGUAGUGGGGCAGUUAAUUAUUGAAUUAAUAUUUGAUUAUAAUUAAUUUUAAUGCUUGGCACCAUUAGAUUAAAGCUACUUUUUUUAUUAUUGAAACGCUGAACUAGUUUAGCAAUAAAAAUUAAAUAUUUUCAAAUUAAAUAUAGAUAAUUUGUUUGCUUUUUAAUUUUUAUGUUAUGAUCUAGAAUUUUGUUUAAAACAUAAAUGAAAAUUAUUUCUUUAGCAUAUUUUUGUAUUUUGAACAAAAUUAAUCUUUGAAAAGUGUAUGUUUAAGGUGCCAACAAUAUGAACGUUAAUAGCACAUACAAAUCGCUUUUGAAGCAACUUGUCCUCUCUCUAACAAGUAUUUUAUAAAUCAAGAAAUAGAAAUACAUUAACAAUAUCUACUAUAUCAAAACGUCCAUUUCAAGAAAACAAAAUAUAGUUUCGUAUAAUAUGUAAAUGCGAUCAAAUUUCUCUAACUCCGAGAUAAUGUAGAUAAUGUUCAUUUUAUAAUAAAGUUCCUUUUAUGUGAAUGUUAUAAUGCUAGGCCUAAGCUCGACGAUAGAUAACAAUAGAACUGAAAUGUCAUUCCAUUGAUUGUCUGAAAUGAUUUCCAUUGAUUGAAAACUAUAACGAGAAAUACUAAGAGUAUUUGAUAUUUUUAAAAUAGAAUAUUGUGCGAUUUUGUUUCCGAUACCAUAUUUUACGCAAUUUAUUAUAAUGUACAGUAAUAAAGUCACAUUUUACUUGUUCCUUAUUUUUAUCUCCUUGAUUUGUCACACUCGUCAGUGUUCUUAUGUAUUGUGCAAUGAGAAGAAAUUAAAAUAAAAAUUACGAAGC